AAAUCAUAUUUCACGUCCCAUCGCUGUCACUCUGUAUCAUACACGACUACAGCCGCAUUUUGACUUUGGGCCUCGUCUCCUGUGACGCGAGGCCAUUAUUUUGAAAGUUCUCACCGGAAGUUGUCUAUGCAGCAGCGCGGUUUGACACUGACCGGUGAUGAAUCGUGAGCCUCCUUUAUGGUGAUUAAAGAUGGAACCGCCCGAAAACCAGCCCGGCCAGGUAGCGGGUGUGGAGCAGGAACCCACACCGAGCUCUAUGGAUGUGGACACGGCUGUGUUUCUGCUGGGAGCCGGGGUGACGGCCAUUACACACCCGCUGCUCUAUGUCAAGCUGCUAAUACAGGUAACCGGCUAAUGCGGCUAACUAGCUAACAGCAGCAAUUAAAAUGUUUUUUUUACAUUCUACACUUUUUUCACCUGACCCCUCAAGUGUUUUGUAACACUCUUAAUACUCAAUCAGACUAAGGAACAACUGUGGACGACUGGAGGGGUGUAACGGCGAUGUUUGUUACCCACACUGAACACUCCCCCCAAGCAGAGCGCGUGCUGUCAGUCAUGUCAGGAGGACGAUGAGGAAAGAAAUGAACUGAUUUAAGGGUUUAGAAAAGAUUUAAAAGGUUAAUUAUUAUAUUAUUAAAUACUUUCCCUAACAAGAACAUUGUUAGCAUUAAAAUAAGUGUAAUAUCUGACCACAUAAGAUACAUAAACUAAAAGUGAAAGUUUAUCAGGUUGAAUCAGAACAAUGCUACUGCUUAUGGAUGUGCUUCUCAGUAUCCCUGCUGGGAUAAAGAUACCUCUAACUUUGUUUUUAAAAGUGUGUAGCCUCUCUGAAAUAGUCAAGUCCACAUAUGAAGACAUUAUAACUGAAUAGCCAUCCCAUAAUAAGAUACAUUUGAAGCAAGCCAAUAAGAUCCUUAUUUAACCCAGGAUACGAGAAUAGGGAUGCUGCAGCUGCAAAUUAAAAUAUCUAAAAAACAUAAAAUAAAACAGGGACAAAUAUGAUAUUAAAGUUAUUAUCUGAUUCACACAUUCUGAUUCAGCUAUUGUGGAGAAGAAACCAGGCCUCUAUUUAAAACCACAAUACUUACACUUGUCACAUCUGGGCUAGAUUAUCUUGGAGAGGCUCAAGACUUUAAAAUACAGUUUCAGAUUCACAAAACCCAAACCUAUAAAUGGGCAGUUUUGCUAAUUUCCCCACUGCUCUACCAAACUGGAGGUUCUGAUCAAGUGCAACCAAAGCUAGUCUUGUCAUCUGGUUAAGUGUACUUAUGUUUAUGCACAAUGUGAACAUGUAAACUGAACUUUCUGGGCUCUAAUUUCGUGCCCGCCGGUGACAUGGUGGACGGUUGCGAACCCUCCGCAGUGGUAUUUUUGUCGAAAAUUGUAAUACGCCUCGCCGGGGGCGGAUUUAAAGGUGGGGAGAGUAGCCGUUCUCAUUGGCGAAAACAGGCCUCGGCUGUGUUAAACCCACUCCACGCCCUCUCCAAUGGAAUGUUGACAGUCUUAAAUAACUUAAAGUCUGUGUUUAAUCUGUGCUGUUUCAGGUGGGUCAUGAACCUCUUCCUCCAAUGGUUGGCACGACCAUGUUUGGACGGAGAGUCCUGUACCUGCCUGGCUUCUUCUCCUAUGGUAAGAGAGGUCUUAUUAUAUCUUAUCCUAUUAUUUCACAGGAAAUUAUUACUUGACAAGAGAUUUUUUUUUUUAGCACAGCACAUUGUGAAGGUGGACGGAAAGAGAGGACUCUUCCGCGGCCUCUCUCCUCGUAUUGUGUCCAGCACCAUCUCCACAGUGGUCAGGAGUAAAGUUAAACAGGUAACACAGCCUGAGAAUAGGGAAUAACUGCACAUGUUGAAGUCUAUCAGGUUAUAUGUCAAUAUGAAUCAAAUGUGAAGAUCGUGCAGUAUUUGAAAGAAUUGAAGAGAUUUUUGCAAAUGAGAGUCUUUAUAAAUUAACUUGUAUGCUGUGCGUGAGGCCUUGUGUGAGAUUAUAUGUAGCAAUUAAGAGUGACAGGCGUUUGUUUGAAGCACUAAAGAUGAUAUCACAAUGUUGUGAAAGGUGUCAGAGUUAUUGAAACUGUUUUUUCUUCUCAGCAGGUGGAGCGUCUGUCCAAGACAGACAAUGUGCAGAAUUCACUCAGGAAGGUGUUUCAAGAGGUGAGAUGUCAGCUGCUGUUGAAUCUGUGGGAUUAACCAGAUUUCUCUAUUCAUGCAGUCAAACGAAAAUGGUAUAUUAUAGAUAUAUAGACGGUCUCAUCCUAUUUUAUGCUCAGUUGCACUUUUGAAUUCAGACAGUCCAUAAAGUGGACGUUGUUGCUCAUGAUGUGGAUUAAAGAGAUAAAACAUUAUGUCUGCAGACACUCAGUAGAGUCUGGUUGGCAUAUGAAAAGGGUUAGCAUUAAGAGUAGAGCAGAUAAAGUCAUGAAUGUUUGCUCACAAAGCCAUAAAAAUCUGAUAUCGACCACUUCUUCACCCCUGGUUGUCUCUCCUUGUUGUUUCCUCUCUUCAGACCUCACAGGAAAUGAUCAUCCAGUGCCUGUCAAGAGUAGCUACUCAUCCUUUCCAUGGUAGGUCCUCAUUAAUCAGACGUGGUGGUGGUGGUGGUGGGGUAAGCAGAGACACACUCACCUGGGGAGGAAAAGCAAAGAUAUCUGCAUUUUUUAAGUCCCCUGCUAAAGGUUCCCACUAUGUUGGUAGAGAACCGGCUCUAUAGUGGAGGUGACGUGGUGAUUUCAUUGUCAAUAUUUUAUUUUUCAUUAGAUUAUUAGAUUAAAAAUUAUGCUGAAAUAAGAUCACUGAUUCUCCUGUGUUGUCUUUGGAAGUUUUUUGGUAACUGGCCAAUAACAACAUAAAAAAAGGAUCUGGAGCAGGAAGUUUUGACUCUUUCUCAUCACUUAAACCUUUGUGGUGUUUUGCAGUCAUGUCCGUGCGAUGUAUGGCCCAGUUUGUUGGGAGAGAGGUGAAAUACGGGUAAGAAUGUUGUUUGAUUUCAGACUCUGUGAGAUAUCUGUAGACAAAGUUCAGAGUUGCUCAGAUUAGAGCUGAAAACAGUUUAUAGAUCAUAUGGAAACUGUAGAAGUUGUGCACAUAUCGAAAGAGUUUCUCUCUCUCUUUUAGAGGCAUGUUCAGCUGUAUCGUCAAGAUUUUUAAGGAAGAAGGAGUCGCUGGAUUUUACAUGUAAGUCAUCGCUUUGAGUGUUACCUGGUAAAAUUUCACUCUGCAUGGAGUUCUCUGUGCUGCCUACUCAGCAUCAUAGGAUUUUAUACAAUUCUUUUUAGGGAUUUGCUUGUUUACAACUUGGAUUUGUCUUUGUUCUUCACCUUUGUUAGCUGCUGUUUACUCUGCUGUGUAAAAAGUUUGCAGCCACUCUCUAUCGCAUUGUUUGUCUUUGCAGAGGAAUAGUUCCCCAUGUGCUCGGAGAAGUCCUCUUCCUCUGGUGCUGUAACCUCCUCGCUCACUUUAUCAACACCUAUGCUGUAGAUGAAAGUGUGAGUAUACCAUUUAAUCUACAUUUAACCCUUUUUUUUUCAAGAUGAAACUGCAACAAAGAACGUUUUAUUUUUAACCUCCUCAUCUGCAGCACAUUACAAGUCCUGUUCUAACUCAAGAAGAUGUUUUAACAUGCUGAAGAGUUGACCUAUGUGUGUGUGUGUGUGUGUGUGUGUGUGUGUUUUAGUUCAGCCAGGCCUCUGCAGUGAGAAGCUACACCAAGUUUGUGAUGGGUGUAAGUCCAACAUUCACAUCCUUUCUUCAGUCAUUCCUCAGCUGCAGCCUCUUUUCUUGACAUCAAGUUUUCCUCCUCAGAUCGCAGUGAGUGUCCUGACAUAUCCAUUCAUGCUGGUGGCGGAUCUCAUGGCGGUCAACAACUGUGGGUGAGUCAGACCUCAAAUCCAUCAUCAGGAGUAUUUACACCUUCACCACAGAGGAGAAUCAAUGUCAAAGAAAACACCACUUGUGUUUGUUUGCAGUUUGGCUGCAGGUCUCCCUCCUCACUCUCCCAUCUUUCAGUCGUGGCUUCACUGCUGGAAUCACCUGAGCCAAAAGGUAAAGUCUCUUAAAUCGAGUCUGAAAGAGUCCAGAUGCUGCAUUAAAGCUGAAGCAGAAAGGAUGAUUAUAAAAGACAAAAAAGCAAAGUCAUUCUCAGACUGUCUGUUUUUUGUCUUUGCACUCACUUUUGAUUCCGAGAUUCAGGUUUAAAUAUAACGCAGAAACCAAGAACAAACUCAGUGUUUGUCUUUUCAGGGUCAUCUCUUCAGAGGAUCCAGCUUCUUUUUCCGCCGGGUGCCUGUGAGCUCCCAGCCCUCAAUUGAGGACUGACAUCUACAUCAUCAUCACUUGCAGGGAUAUUUUUUUCUCCUCUUGCUCACAAACUUCUUCCAAAGACUCGGCCUGUUCAUGAGGUGCCAAUAGCUCUUCUUGUUCCAGGAGCUUUAGUUCGUUUCAGUGACAGGGACGGGGAGAUGUCUCUCCUCUUUUGGUGGAUGUUUUCUGCAGUUUGUAUCAGGCCAGAAACAAAUGCUGACCAAAUGCUGUGAGGCUGCUGGGGCUCAUGGGUAAUAUAGUUCUUAAUUAUUUGUGAGGAAAUAUUCGGAUCUCCAAGUGGGAACAUUUCCGACUGAUAGCCAACUUUCUCUGAAGUCUUAUUCAUUUGUCUGUUUCUGUGUUUGAAUUAAAUAAAAGUAAAUAGAGCAGUUACGAUAAAACCUUCUGUAUAAACAGUGAUAGCCAACAUCCAAAAACAUGUUAGUUUAAAAUUUUACAAAUCAGAUACCCACAGAAAUGUAUAGUUAUUUUAAAGGUCAUGUUACCAUCCUACUUACACCCAGUUAUGUCACUAACCUGUUGGAAAUUAACCUCAUCUGGUUGGAGAUGUUGGUGACUACGUAACGUCACACACAUUUCUGCCUGCAUGGUUGUUCCUGUCAUAACAAAAAUAAGACUUUUUUCUUUCAAACCACAAAAUUAUUCAGUUUUAACAUUUGAUUUGUUGUCUUUGCACUUUAUUUUAGGAUUUGAAUGAUUUGCAGACCAUCAGAGAUCUGUUUUAAUCAACACUUGAGUCCCAAUAGUAUUUCGAUCAAAAUUUAAGCUCCUGUGAGGACUUUGUGUUGAAGCUUGGCGCCUCCUGUAGCCAAAGCAGUACCUCAUAUUGUUGCUGAACUUCGUCCCGAAUUUGUAAGUCACAUUUUAUUGUCAUGAUUUAAUGUAGCCUCUCAUUUUCCUCUCUAUUAACAGUCAAAACAAAUAAAUCUCUCAUGGAAGUAGAUGUUUAAAAUACAAAAGGCUGAUACGAUGACGUGCCAUAAAUUACUUUUCCUGACACUGACUCUUGGCUGGUUAUCCAAAACUAACGCUGUGUACUCCUCUUCAAGGUCAUACAGAGGCUCAGUAAUAAUUUCAGUUUGUUUUAUAACCAGAUAAAACUCCUCACAGGACCCUUGACUAAGCUGAGGUUGAGGAUUCGUCACAAACAUCAUGUGCUGUGAUUAAAGCUGGAAAAUAACUUCAGUUUCAAAUUUCCUGCAGUGAUUUAAGGAUUAAACCCUCCCCUCAGACCUCUAUCAGCCUUUAUUCCCAGUAAGCCUCCAGUCAUCCUGACCAGUGACUCUCCUCUUUCACCAGUUUGUGCAGCUCAUAUGAAGCCUUUUCUGUUCAGGAUCUAAGGGAAAGUCGAACAAACUGGCUGCUUCCGAACGCUCUUCAGUUUUCAAAACCACGUCUGUGUUUUUACUCAAGUUUAACCAACCUGAUAAACACAAAAUCAAACAAAAAAGGUAUUAAAUGUGUAAAUGAAACGCAUGAAAAAUCCCAUGGAUGGAAUAUAAAGUCUUAAAUAUGAUAUAAGAUAUUAAAAUAUGUGACAUGCUGUGGGUGUUAACAGUCAAGUUUGGUUUAAUACCUGCUGGUUGAGUUUUUUGUAUUGUUUUUUAUUCCUCCAUAAAGUCUGUGUUGCAUAUAAGUGUCUCCUCAGUGAAGGAGGUUUUAAAGCCAUACACGUGUUCAUGUUGUUACUGGAUGUCGUUUGUGUCUGUUCCCUGAUUUUAAGGCCUUUACACUGAUACAUAACUGAUAAAGUUAUGAUGUUCAUACUUUGACUCCAGUGAAGUUCAGACUGUCUGGCUGUGUUUAUUUUUUAUUUAUGUAUCUGCAUUUUUUUUUCUCUGUUUGGAUGGCAAUAAAAUCUUUGCUACUCAACAGUGACAUGUCUCAGAGGUCAUAAUGAAUGCUUGGUGCAUGGCUCUCGAAUGUCACGUUCUGGUGGGGGGAUAUGAUCUAAUGCACAGAGCUCCUGCAAAGGGUUAAAUGCUGCACUGCACUACACUGCAGAGCAAACAGUGUCACUGUGUGCUGGUGCUGUUUGCAUACAUUUGAAUGUGGCACUUGGGUUUCAUUUGGAGCAAAAUAUACAACUAUUCAUGAUCGAACAAGCCUGACUGCAAAAUACACUAAGGUUGACUCUUAAAGCUCUUGUCUACUGCCUUAAUAAAAACAAAGAGGGAGAGCUGGCCUUAAUAGAAAAAAAAACUACAGAGACAGAUUUAUUAAACAAUAAGUCAAAAUAAUGUUCAAAAGUUAUUCAAUUCAAAGUCUAAACUGUGAGAUAGAAAGUUAUUUUCUACUAAAGACAUGAAAUGGAAAAGAAAAGUCAAGACACAGAAGGUCAAAAAAUUUCUUAUAAACUUAAUUUGGACCUUUUAUAUAAAACUGACCUUCAUCUCACCAUUUUUAUUAGUUAUAUACAAUUUUGACCUUUAUCUCCUAAGAAUGGCUUUUUAGUCAUGAAUAUGUCUUUUAAACACAAUGUAGAUUCCUUUUCUCACAAAAUUUUCUUUUUAUCUAAAUUUUUCGACUUUGGAACAUUUUUUUACUUUUUACCUCCCAAGUUUAACUUUUUGUCUCGAAGGUUUAACUUUUCUCUUCACAAUUUAGAUUUUCCACUUCAUGACUUUGACUCACAUUUUUUUAGAAACAUUUUCUCAUUAAAUAACUUUUACUGUUAUGUUUUUCAUUAAAUAAUUGUGACUUUCUGAU